AAUAGCACUUGAGUAUAAUUUUGACUGAAGCAUAUGCCACUGGCAUAUACCGAUUCAGCUGCAAAAGACAAAAUAGGAAAUCAGAGAGAGAAAUGCCCCUGACUAGCGUGCUCAUGACACGGUAGUAAGCUAUUAGUAAGGAAUCGUCAUCGACAGCACGGGCAUGGGGCCCUCACGGACAUAGCUAUCGCGAGCAUAGUCUACACACAUAUAUGUAGAGCUCCUGUCCCCUCGGCAUAUCCCAGAGCCGCAGACCGAGCCUAUUCCAAGAGAGCCGCUGUUAUCACCACUCACACUCAACAAUUGCACAUCACCAACCUCGAAACCAUGGCCAAGAGCUUCCGCGAACUCAUCGGCGUGCCGCCGUCGACGGCGUCCACCAAGGACAGCGUCCUGGUCAUCAUCGACGCACAGAACGAGUACGCAGAGGGCCAGCUCAAGACGGCCAACGUGGCCUCGACGCGCGCGGCCAUCGCGGGCCUGCUGGAGAAGUACCGGGCGGCGUCGGCCCCCCUCGUGCACGUCGUGCACAAGACGCCCGAGGGCGCGCCCGUGUUCACGCCGGGGACGGCGCUGGCGGCCGAGUUCGGCGAGCUGGAGCCCAGGGCGGGCGAGAAGGUCGUCGGCAAGCAGUUCCCGGGGAGCUUCACGGGGACGGACCUUGAGGAGUUCCUCAAGGGCACGGGGAGGGGCAAGGUUGUGCUGACGGGAUACAUGGCCCACGUCUGCGUCAGCACGACUGCGCGGCAGGCGGCCGAGAAGGGCUACGACGUGGUAGUGGCGGAGGACGCCGUGGGGGACCGCGACAUUCCUGGGGUGAAGGCGGAGGAUCUGGUCAGGACGUCUCUGGCCGAGCUGGGCGACGCGUUUGGUACUGUGGUCAAGUCGGCGGACAUCAACUAGAUGGGAAAGGGAUGUCUCGGCCACGGCUCGGCUGUUAGUCAUAUCCGCAUGUUGUUAUCAAAGAAAUAAAAAAAAGAAAAUGCCAUGCUGGAGAUGAUGCUCUGCCGUAAAGCAGUGCCCGUGUUUCCACGGAAUGUUUUCUCGGCCGCCUUGUUUCUCGCUGACCUGGGUGCACGAGGUUGUGCAACAGCAUCCUGGAACAGUCAUGACAUUACAUGCAGGGCGCUAACUACGCAGGCCACACGUGGCUGUCCACGAUGCAGCUACUGGGCCACUCUUGGCCGCUGGGCUCGUUUCGAAACAAGACCGAGUUAGCCCUCGCGGAGGCCCCCAAGCCGAACGCAAUCGAGCUGGAGGCCGCAUGCCAUAGUUUGGUGGGUGUCGUCGGGCCGCCGCAAGACCUAAUGGGCCCGAGGGGGCGGUGCUCGGCUGGCAGGCGGAGCUUUGACGGAAGACCGGACAGCCGUGGAUCCGGGGCGGCAGGGUGGGAGGGCAGCCUGGACACCAAGACGCUAGCUAGCCCAGGCAGACCGGCCAGGACGACCACCAGAUAAGAUGGCAGGCAGGCAGGGCGGACUACGGACGGAAACAACAACGACAUCGGAUGAGUUCAGGAGGGAGGGUGGUCGAACUGUGUUUCGCGCCUCUGCUGACGAUAUUCCAAAAAUAGGAGGUCCAAGGCGAUGGAGGCGAUGGUUGUGUUGCACCCGCAGAGCACGAGCGCAGAUGAGAGGGAAAAACAAAAGAGGGGCGAACAGGCAGAUUCGGAAGUGUGCCGUGCAGCGUGCGGGGGGGAAUUCGAUGGGAUCUGAGGGAAGGGCGGGCGGGUGGAGACGGUGGAUGCAACCCAGAAUCGACAUUUGGUCCUUGGUACUGCUUACUGUUACUCCCAGGCCGUCCCUGCCGUCGCAUGCUGGGUAGGGCUGGGAACAGUGGGGUUGCAAGCGUGAUCUCUUUUUUUGCAAUAAGGUUGUGGUAUAGCUCUUGAAACAUUCUCAGAUUCAGAAGAUGCGGGUUGGAUGCCCUUGACUUUCUGGGCUGGCGAAGCUCGACGAUGAUGACGAGGAUCCAGCUGGGGAUGCGUCAGCUGGGGUGGGCGGGAUGGAAUGGGACGGACAGAACCUGAUGGGACGGGAGCAGUUGAGAGGACGACGUCAGUGUCGACGGCCACCUCUUGUGUUUAUAUUGUCAGGAUUGUGUGUGCACGACAUGCACAAAUGCCAGUGUGUGUGUCUCAGAUCGAGGUCACACACAGAGACAGC